CUGGUGAUGGUGAUGUUGAUGAUGCUUCGAAUGUUAUUCAUUUCGUUCUUUGUCGUUCGUUUCCCGCCAUUGAUUAUUAACUGACUGACUGGUGUGGACCAAUAAAACCCGCUGAAAUCAGACGCUGGAAAUACUGGCGAUUCACGUGAACAGACGCUGAAAGAGAAACAGCAUGAUGGGUUUACAUGAGUUCAUAUGGAUGACAGGUGUACUAAUGGCGCAGGACCGUCUUUAACCUGUUUGCGAGGGCUUAUUUGAUCGUGACAGGACGUGAAGAUGGCGACGGGCACGGGCUGGCAGCCGCCGUACAGCGCUGCUCCGGGCAUCAGCCCUCCCGCCGCCGCCGCCGCCGCUUCUUCAGCUUCUGGAUCCGGCAGCAGUCCAUCCUCCACGUCCAGCCAUUUACUCUACGAAUCUGCCCUGACCAUGGAGUACACUCAAGAUCUGCACCUGAAGAUGAGCAAAAAAAUAGCACAACUCACUAAGGUUAUUUAUGCCCUCAACACCAAAAACGACGAGCACGAAGACGCCAUCCAGUCUCUAAAGGAGGCCCACGACGAGGAGGUGCAGCACAUCCUCACAGAGACUCGAGAGAAGAUCCUGCACUACAAAAGCAAGAUCGGGGAUGAGGCCGACCUGAAGCGGCGCUUGCAGUCUCUGGAGGAGUCAGUGGAGCUCCACGAACACAUGAAACGCCAAGCUCUGGCUGAGUUCGAGAUGUACCGCCAGCGCAUGGAGGACACACAGCUGUGCACCGAAGCCCAGCACACCCAACGCGUGGUCUCCAUGUCGCGGGAAGUCGAAGAAAUGCGACACGAAUUUGAAGAGAAGCUGCGCACUUUCAGCCAGGUCCAAGCUCAGUUUGAGCAGGAGAAACGGCACGCGUUGGAUGACCUCAAAUCAGCCCAUCGGCAAGAAGUUGAAGAUCUGUUGGAGAGCCAGCAGAACCAGAGUGCAUCCUCCAGCCUGGAGCAGGAGAAACUGGCCGAACUUCACCGCACAGAGCUGGAGUCUCUGAUGGAGCGCGUGGAGGAGCUAAUGCAGGAUAAAGUGCGGCUCGCCGAGGAAUACGAAGCCAAGCUGAGUAAAGCGCAAGGGUUUUACGAACGUGAGCUGGAGGCCAUGAGGCGCACACAGCAGCUUACCACCGAAAACCUGCUGGCCUGGAAGAGGACUGAGGUGGAGCUGAGGAAGGACUUUCAGAUGCAGGAGGCGGCACUGCAGAGGACUCUGUGUAAACUGCGAUCCGAACUGCACAGAGCUCAGGAGGAGGCCAGAGAGAGCAGAGACAAGACCAACCGGCUGCAGGCCUCGCUCAAUAAUGCUGAAGUCACAAUUAAGGAGCUACACAAGCAGCUGGAAGAGGCCAUACAGGAUGGAGAGAUUUGGGUGAUGCAGCUGAAAGAUACUGAAUAUGAGCUGGAGGGAAGCAGAGAUCGAGUUCAGCAGCAGGCCAAUGAAAUCCUUCACAAAGCCAGUCAGAUUGGAUCGCUUCAAGCCACCCAAAUGAGCCACGAGGCCACUAUUAGGGAUCUGGGCUCUGAGCAGAACCGGCUGAAGGAGAAGAUCCUGCAGCUGGAGGAGGAGAGAGAGAGGCUGCAGAAACAGAUGCAGACGCUGGAAGAGCAGCAGCACCAGAAGAUCCUCAACCUAGAGAAGUCGCUCCGUGAGGAAAAGCAGAGCUAUGAGAUGGAGCUGGCGCGAAUCAGGGCCAAAUACGAGGAGGAAAUGUCCUGUCUGAAAGAAAGCCAGGCAGAAUCCAUAGAAGAACUCAAGGAGAAACACCGAGUCCAGCAAGAAAGUGUUCGCAAUGCUGCUGAGAGAGAGAAAAACCAACUGCUCAGUGAGAUGAGACAACAGUUUGAUAUCCGCCGUCUGUCACUGGAAGAGCAGAGAAACCAUUUACAGCAGCAGCUGGAGACCAUACGAGAGGAGCUCACCACCAAACUCAACAUGGCCAACCAAGAGGUGUCUCAUUUGAAGGAUCUUGUGAAGGAGAGUGAAGAAAAUCUGGAUGCCGCUGAGAGCCACAUCUCCUGUCUUAAAGACAGCCAAGAGAAGCUUCUCAUCGAGCUGGACGUCACCAGGGCCAGAGUGAGGGAGACAAGCAAUCUGCUCACAGAUCUACAAGAGGAGAUCGAGACCCAGAAACAGCAGCAUGAAGCCAGAGCCAUCGCUAUCAAAACAGAGGAGAAGCAAAAAAUGGACAAAAUCACAGAGGAGCUUGAUCUCAAGUGGACUGACGCUCUGAGGGCUGAGCUAAAGGGUCUUCGGGAGGAGCUUACAGCUGAACAUCAGGCGGAGAAACAGGUGGCGCUGACACAACUUUCCCAGCAGAGAGAUCUGGAGAUGAUGGCGGCUAGAGAGAGCUGGCAGAGGAAGGUGGAGGAUCUUCUGGAGCAGAUCUCGCUGCUGAAACAGAGCCUGGAGCUGCAGAUGUCGCAGUCGAAGAGCGCGCUGCAGCAGCUACAGGCGCAGUUCAGUCAGGAGCGUGAACACCUGGCACAGCAGCUGCAGGAGGUGGCACUGGAGCAGCAGCACAGAGAGCACCGUCUGCAGGAGGCACACUGCUGUGCCAUGCAGGACAUGGAGGACGCACAGCAGAUGGAACUCUCGGAGCUGGAGGACCGUCUGAAACAGGAACAGAGGGAAGAGUUGCACGCUUUGAGAGAAGCCCACAGACAGACUCUGGAUAUACUCCAACAGCAAUCGGACCAGGAGCUGCAGACGCUGCGCUUUGAGCUGGAAGAUGAAGGCAAAGCCAUGCUGGCUUCUCUGCGGUCGGAGCUCAAUCAUCUCCACGCCACUGCCAUUGAACACCUCAGACAAGUCCACUUGAAGGAGAACAACGCUGCCAAACGAGAGCUGGACGACACCAUUGAUCGCUGCAAAGAACAUGAGCAGGACCUUUUGGGUCGUAUCUCUGACCUGAGGCAGGAGGUGAGCUGCAGGAAGAACCGCAUCGCUGAUCUGGACCAUGAAAUCCACUCGCUCAAUGAGACCAUCAGCACACUAACCAAGGAGCUGGAGCUCAAAGGGAAAGAAGUUCUGCGGGUGCGCAGUGAAGCCAACCUGCAGAUCAGGGCUCGUGAACAGGAUCUUUCCAAGCGCCUCGAGAGGGAGAUUGACGAGCUGAACGCUUCACAUAACAGAGAGACCCAGAUCAUGCUGUCAGAUUUUAACAAAGCUCAGGAGCUGCUAAAAGACAAGAUCUCAGCUCUGCAGAUUCUGUUGGAAGGUACGGAGGAGAAGUUCAGGAAUAGAGAAAGCCGUCCGGAGGACCUCCAGGUCAUUGCAGAUCUCAGAGAGAUGGUGUCAGAGAGAGAAACCUUGGUCAAGAAGCUUGUGGAUGACAAGAAGUUUUAUCAACUGGAGCUGGUGAAUCGAGAACCUGGCUUCAACAAGGUGUUCAACACCAAUCCCAAUGUCGGGGUCAUAAACCCCCUUAUAAAGCCCUCGUAAGACUGGGGAUCCAACUGUAGCACCAAAAGAACAGCAACCACAAGAGCUAUUUUCACAGUACUUCUCCUUUUAAAUUUUUCAAGACACUCAACUCAAGAGCAUGUGAAACUGCAGUUUUCAAUAGUCCAUUCGUCUGUUCUUGAUAUCUCACUGUGAGUUUGUUAUUUUCCCUUUUUGAUAUGGGCAUUUACUUGAUUUAAAAUGAGAUGCACACUCAUUUCAUAUACUAUUCAUAAAUGUAUUUUCUGGAUGGACUAAAACUGUUGGAAUACCAAUGUCUUGCCAGUUUUGAAAUAAAUUGCACAGACACUUACA